AUGCUGGGUCUGAGGAUGGGAGCGGUCCAGUGGGAUGAUCCACCUGAUUUCAAACCUGGUGCAGCAUCGAAGGCGGCGCGUGAAGAGGAAGUGGAGGGAGUUGACUUUGGCCCGGCUAGAGGUGUCGUGCAGUGGGAUGAGCCAGCUGGUCCUGACGAUGGGAAGCCGGCUACUUCAUCGAACUUCUACAAGAAUAUACGGCCGGCAAACAUACAGACGGCGGCUAGAUUGAACUCUCCGUCACAAGAAGAGAUGGCACGUGGUGCGGGACUUGCACAAUGGGAUGAUGCGCCUGACUCUAAGCCGGCAGCGACGCAGAAACGUCAAGGCCAGCCAGGAAGGACAGAAGAGACGGGAUCGGAAGGUUUGGUGGCGAGUAAGAACUCGAGCGAGAGUGAGCAAAGCUGGCAUGAGGUUGAAGAGACGGACUAUGAUGCUGCUCCGAAAGGCUGGAGUCAGGUUGAUGAUGAUGGGCCGCCGCUACAUUUGAUGCUGGAAAGUGGACAAGAGACGUCGACAGCGAGCGCUGGCACCGCGCCUACUGCCCCAGAGACGCCGAUCAAUACCGUCAUGCAAUAUGCCGAGGAAGACUAUGAUGCUGCUCCGAUGAGCUGGAGUCAGGUUGAUGAUGAUGGGCCGCCGCCUGAGUUGGUCUUCAGGUCUACGGAUGCAUCGCAUGAUCUAACGGGCAGCAUAAGCAGAGUCAUGCGGUUCGAUGGACAUAGCUCCACUACUGUUCAAAAAUCGACUAGGUAUGACACGGCUCCUGCCAACUGGAGCCAGGUCGACGAUGAUGGGCCACCGCCUGGAUUGGUCUUUAGGUCUGCAGACGCAGUGCGUGAGCAGACGGAUCGGACGAGCAGGGUUGUGAGAUCCGAUGCGCACGAGACAUCGACUGCUUAUGAUUCCGCUCCUGUCAAUUGGAGUCAGGUUGAUGACAAUGGGCCGCCGCCGGAACUGCUUCUUCGAGUAGCGGAGCAAGAGUCGACACAAAGAGGAAGUGCCACAAACUCGCGUGUCUAUGCCGGUGAAGAACCUCUUGCCGCCAGUAAUGAGGAUACACCGCCGACUCAGCCUAUCGCUCAAUCACCACGAGCGACUACGUCGCCCCGUGAACUCCCUGCGUUGACCGAGGAGCACGAGCGCGGGAAUGUUGAAUCAGAGCCUGACUCCGGGGUAAUACCCGCUCAAGAGGACGAGACUUCAACUCCAUCCACUCCCUCGAAGCCUACGAGAGCCUUGAGACCAACGAGUCAAGGAGAUAACUCAAGUACGGCCAAAUCUUCUGCUGGCAGUCCUAGCAGCAGCAAGAGACCAACUAGAAGCAAGAAGGAGCACAAAGAAGGGUUCUUUCGGAAGUUGAGUACGAGGUUGAAGAAGUGA